UUUGCACAAUGAAACAGUUUACGGAAAGUUUUGCGUGCUUCUGCUUCCUGGCGCUAGUUCGUAGUGUUACUUUAACUGAAGUUGUUGACGACAAAAAAAGAGAACCCAUUGGCGAAAAUGUGACAGUGCAGGCCGUCAUCUUCUAUGAUUCAGCGUAUCUGGACCGUAUAAAGAAGAAUACUGAAAGCAAUUCGGAUGGCAGCAACUCAGUGGAAAAUUAUUUCAAACAACUUUUUCAAAAGGUUGAAUCGCACUUUCAUAAUCACUCAAUAAAUAUAACGGUAAAGGUCAAACAAGUUACACAGAAAAACGACUUCCCUACCUACUCAGGACUUUUCUUUAGUGAAAAAGAAAUGCUGGAGAACCUUACAAAAUUUGGACAAUCUUUAGGACUACCUCAGAACACAAUAUUUUACCGGUUUACUUGGAGCGAUAAGAAGUUCAUGGGGACUGGCUCCAGACCUCGGAGUGAGUCAGCCUUGGAGACCGAUGGAACGUUUUGUACAAGUAAUACAAGCGGUGCGGUCAUUCUACACCACCAUCAAUCUGAGAAUCCUUGGUCGACAAUAAAGGCAACGGCAUUUACAUUUGGCUCGAAGCACUUCUUCAAUUUUUCUCGCCAGGACUGGACAACGAUGAAUCAGACGUUCUUGAGAUGUCCCAAAGGGGAACAAAAUCUAGACAUUCUGGCAUGUUGACAAGAUUGAGCUGACAGCCACCUACAUGUACACCUUUCCAUUGACUUGACUAAAAAGAGUUAAAAAGAUUAUAUUGAAAUCAACUGGACAUCUUCGGAAAAUAAACCGUUGAUUGCA